CCCUCGGCCGAGGGAGGAGCCCGAGCAGCCGCCGCCGCCGCCGCCGCAGCCACCGCCCGCCCGGCCGGGGAGGAGGACCGGACCUCGAGCAGCUGCGAGCGCACGCGAGCUGGCCAUGGCCGCGGGGGCAGCGCCCUGAGCCUGUCCCGCGCCCGCGGGCCCAGCCGAGCAGGAGAGCUCCUGGGGAUGCCCCGGUGGCCCGGAGUGCGGGGAGCGGCAGCCGCGCGGUGAGGGUAGCGGGACCCGGGACUGCGAGGAGCUGCUGCCGCCGUUGCCGACCCCCAUGGCCUACAUGCCGGGUGGAGGUGCCCCAGCACCGGGGGUGGCCCCCGUGGGCUCCCAGUACUGCGUGUGCAAGGUGGAGCUGUCAGUGAGUGGCCAGAACCUGCUGGACCGGGACGUCACCUCUAAGUCCGACCCCUUCUGUGUCCUCUUCACAGAGAAUGAUGGCAGGUGGAGCGAGUAUGACAGGACAGAAACUGCAGUCAACAACCUCAACCCUGCUUUCUCCAAGAAGUUCGUCCUUGACUACCACUUUGAGGAGGUGCAGAAGCUCAAGUUUGCCCUGUUCGACCAGGACAAGUCCAGCACGCAGCUCGAGGAGCACGAUUUCCUGGGCCAUUUCUCCUGCAGUCUGGGCACGAUCGUCUCCAGCAAGAAGAUCACUCAGCCUCUGCUGCUGAUGAAUGACAAGCCUGCGGGGAAGGGCUUGAUUACGAUUGCUGCCCAGGAGCUUUCAGACAACCGGGUCAUCACGCUGAGCCUGGUGGGCAGGAAGCUGGAUAAGAAGGACCUCUUUGGGAAGUCAGACCCAUUUCUCGAGUUUUAUAAACCAGGAGGUGAUGGCAAGUGGAUGCUGGUCCACAGGACUGAGGUGAUCAAGUACACGCUGGACCCCGUGUGGAAGCCAUUCACUGUGCCAUUGGUGUCCCUGUGUGAUGGGGACAUGGAAAAGCCCAUUCAGGUUAUGUGCUAUGAUUAUGACAACGAUGGGGGCCAUGACUUCAUCGGUGAGUUCCAGACCUCGGUGUCACAGAUGUGUGAGGCUCGUGACGGCAUCCCGCGGGAGUUUGAGUGUAUCAACCCCAAGAAGCAGAAGAAGAAGAAGAACUAUAAAAACUCGGGCAUCAUUAUCCUGCGUUCCUGCAAGAUAAACCGGGACUACUCCUUCCUGGACUACAUCCUGGGAGGCUGCCAGCUCAUGUUCACUGUUGGGAUAGACUUCACAGCCUCCAAUGGAAAUCCCCUCGACCCUUCCUCUUUGCACUAUAUCAACCCCGUGGGCACCAAUGAAUAUUUGUCAGCCAUCUGGGCUGUUGGGCAGAUCAUUCAGGACUAUGACAGUGAUAAGAUGUUUCCAGCUCUGGGCUUUGGGGCGCAGUUACCCCCCGACUGGAAGGUCUCCCAUGAGUUUGCCAUCAACUUUAACCCCACCAACCCCUUCUGCUCAGGUGUGGACGGCAUCGCCCAGGCAUAUUCAGCUUGCCUGCCCCACAUCCGCUUCUACGGUCCCACCAAUUUCUCUCCUAUCGUCAACCACGUGGCCCGGUUUGCGGCCCAAGCCACGCAGCAGCAGACAGCCAUGCAGUACUUCAUCCUCCUUAUCAUCACGGACGGUGUCAUCAGCGACAUGGAGGAGACGCGGCACGCCGUGGUGCAGGCCUCCAAGCUGCCCAUGUCCAUCAUCAUCGUGGGCGUGGGUAACGCCGACUUCGCUGCCAUGGAGUUCCUGGACGGGGACAGCCGCACGCUGCGCUCCCACACAGGGGAGGAGGCAGCCCGCGAUAUCGUGCAGUUCGUGCCCUUUCGAGAAUUCCGCAACGCGGCAAAAGAGACCUUGGCGAAAGCUGUGCUGGCAGAGCUGCCCCAACAAGUUGUUCAGUAUUUCAAGCAUAAAAACCUGCCCCCCACCAACUCGGAGCCCGCCUGAGUGCCAGCCCUCACCCAGCAGCAGCAUGCCGGCUGGGCCUCCCACCCUCCCCAGGAACAUGCACGCUCACCCUGCUUCCUUGUGGGUGGCCUUUUUUUUUUUUUUUCUUUUAAACUGAUCCACAUUUUUAUUUUCUACAACCGGACCUCCACCCCCAACUUCCUCCAGCCCAGCUGGGCUUCCUUUAUUGGAGUCGACUGAUGAUACUUCCAGGCCAAACUGGCUUCCUCUCCUCCUCUCCCCACCCUUGCCACUCUUAAGUAUUGAAUGUACUUUGUAUAAUUUUAGUGGAAUUGUUAUUAAAGAGAAUAAAAUUUUUACAAUCAUAACUGGCGUUUUCCAAGUAACUAGCUGCAGACUCAAAGGAAUGUGUCCCCGGUGCAUACUGUGUGGUAGCCUGCACCCAAUUCCUGCUCUGUUUUUUAAUACUGUGACCGUGUUCUACUUGUUAUACUCAGGGUAAUAAAGGAGUUUCAGA